GUAUUUCUGAAUAAAUAUACUAUGAUCCACAAAUAAAUAUAGAGAGUUUCAUAAAUAUUUUUUAAAUCCACAAAUGCACAAUAAGCGAACCAUAAAUAUAUGUUAGACAUUUCAUAAAAAGGAAGGAAAUUCACAAAUAAAUAAAAUGGGAUUUGCAAAUGAAUUUUUUUUUAUAAAUAUAUAUUUGUAUUUUAUUUGUAUGUGAAUGGCUUCCUGCGCAUUUGUGGAUCGCUUUCUGUGCAUUUGUGAAUCGCUGCACACAUUUGUGGAUCGCUUUCUGUGCAUUUGUGAAUUGCUGCACUCAUUUGUGGAUCGCGUUCUGUGCAUUUGUGGAUUUGAAACAUUUCUAACGUCAAGACGUGCACAAGAAUCCACAAAUAGGUGGACUCCGCCCACCGUCUACUCCAGCCAAUCAGACAACAAGCACACUGUGCUGACCAAUCGUGGCACGAUCUCCCUUCAACCAAUCAUAGAGUCUUUUCUAGAAACAUUGUGCAAAAGACCCAGACGGAGGAGGACUUUUAUUAUGACAGCGAGUAUCGCUCACUCAAAGCAAUGGCGGAAAAGCGCUAGUUUUGUACAAGUGUCUCGCUGUGUGAGGCAUGAAUCGUGUUGUUGUGGAGACAAUAGCACAAGAUUGUUACGCGGUGUGUUCAUGUGCGUCAUUAGAGAAACCACAUCUCCACCUGCCUAUGAUCUGGCUAAGCUCUCAAAUAUAGCCAGGCACUCAUGCAUCUUCAUUCACAUGCCAUGCAACCAAGCUCAUAAAUACAGCUCUGGUCUAUCUCUCUUAAAGGAGCAUACCCUCAUCCUGUUCAGAGCUUCAUUAAAGGACUACUACCAAUAUUCACCAUUAACUUCAUCAACGACUGCUCUGCUAUCGAAGUUGUGCCUCUCAUUCAGAGUUCUGUGCGGUGUGUGCUACCUCAUAAAUACUGAAUGCUGGCUCUCUCCUAUCUGAUGUAUGUUCUCUUGUGUGCCUAAUAAACAGCUCAAGUUGGUCCAACGCUCUCUAUUGUGUUCUGACAGACACCCUGGUACACUGCUAUAUUCAUUCGUAACUAGCCCCCUACACUUCAGAGUAGUCUUCGCUACCAUCAUAGUUAUGUAGUGACAUUUGCUUACAGAUAGUUUGUAUCUAACGUGGUACAUUUAAUUAUGACAUGACAAAACAAUGUGUUUUACCUCGUCUCCUACUACAGAACUGAUCAUUUAAUUACACAUUAUGCAUUAUGGUAUCUUUUAAAUGAACAAGAAAUUCCUGUGGCGUCUACAUCUUAAUGUCAAGAAGGUUUAAUAUGUCAAAGCUGUUAGAUAGUCUUACAGUGUUGUUUUUAUUUUCCCUUUUAUGCUCUGAACAAGCUUAUGCUCUUACUGUCAUUAACAGUAAAAUUCAUAGACGUAAGAUGGAUUUUUACACAAAUAUGCAAUCAAACAACUGGUAUGUUAUUUGUUUUUUAUUGUGUGUUU